AUGAGGAGGAUGAAAAAGGAGUUUCAAGACACUGGAAGAGACUUUGGAACUAGUACCAGCACUAACACAACUUCUGGUCCUUUUGGAAGUAUAACUGGCUCUCUCUUUGGUCCUACUGGUUUUCCUACUGCUGCAACUGGCACAACUAUUAAGUUUCAUCCACCAACCAAUGCAGACACUGUGGCAAUAGCUGGAGUUAGUGCUAGGAUCACUACCAGGCACCAAUGUAUUACAGCUAUGAAAGAAUAUGAGAGGAAAUCUCUUGAGGAACUCCGUUUAGAAGACUACCAGGCACACAGGAAAGGGCCUGGAAGAGCAGGAGCAGUUGUGAGCUCGUUUGGGCCUUCUGUUACAAGACCAACUACAGGACUUUUUGGCUCUUCUUCUACUACUAGCCAAAGUUUUCCAUAUGGACAGAAUAAUCCAUCUUUUGGAACCAGUGCAGCUGGCUUUGGAUCAGGAGUAACAGGGGCUCUUUUCCGCCAGCAAUCUCAACCUACAAACCUGUUAAACAAACCAUUUAGUCAAGUCAGAACAACCCAGAGCACUGCCUUUUCUUUAGGGAGCACCCCUCUAGGGCAGGCAAACACAAACACAACGGGUCUCUUUGGGGUCAGCCAGCCUGCACAGCCUGGAGGCCCUUUUGGAGCACCUACCAAUACAAGUGCUGGUACUGGAUUUGGAACUGGAACUCGUCUUUUAGGACAGAGCUUUGGUGCUGGCAGUUCGACCCUGUUUGAGAACAAGCCUGCUGGAUUUGGAACCACCACGACGAGUGCUCCCUCAUUUGGUACAACCACUGGCAGCAAGGUCUUUGGUAACAAAUCGUUCCUGACUUUAGGAACCAAUACAAACACUUCCAAUAUUGGUUUUGGUGUCAGUGCUGCUGGAAAUAGUUGGUUUGGAAAUAAGCCUGGAACAGGGUUUGGAACAGCUCCUGGGGCAGGACAGAAGCCUUUGUUUGGGAACACCCAGUCUACGCUUGGGGUAACACAAGGAACAGGAACCUUUGGAGCACCAGGAUUCAACACAGCAGCAGCUGCUCUGGGCUUUGGAGCUCCUCAGCCUGCUCUAGCACUGUCAGACCCAAAUGCCUCAGCUGCCCAACAAGCCCUCCUUCAGCAGUAUCUCUUCAGCUUGAUUUACUCACCCUUUGGAGAUUCGCCACUCUUCCGAAACCCCCUGCCAGACCCAAAGAAGCAAGAAGAGAGGCUGGCAGCAACUAACCCUGCAGCUCAGAAGGCCUUAAAGACACCCCCCCCCUACAAGCUGAGUCCACGUCCAGAGCCCAGAGUGCGGCCAAAUGUUUUGCAGUCAGCUGGCUCUGCUAAAUCUUUGUGUGGUGGUCUGGAAGAAGAUGAUGAGCCAGCCCUAGACAGUGGUACAUUCAUGCCAAGGAAGAGCAUCAAAAGGCUGGUUUUGAAGAAUCUCAAGAACAUCAGCCUGUUCUCACCUGUGAACCAUGAGAAUGAAGAUGUGGCUUCUCCUUUGGAGUGUCCAGAGAAGGGAGAUGGAACUAAGCCAUUCAAUUUUCUUCAUUCUCUUCCUGAAAACCACAGACAUGAGCAGCAGGAGGAAGAGGAAGAAGAUCAUCAUGAAGUGAUUCAUCUUUACACUAACCCCAUUGUCAAGCCCACCCCACAGACCCCAGAGAGCACAGUGCAGCAACACCAGAGCACGGUGCAGGAUACCCUUGUGUCUCUGAAUACAGGGCUGGAAGGCUGCAGUGAAGAGGCCUCAUUUCCUGAUGAUCCCCUUCAGGAGGAGUGCAAAGAGCAGCCUGAGCCCAUGCAUCAUCACCAUCCUGCAGGGAUUAUUCUAACAAGAAAUGGCUAUUACACCAUCCCCUCCUUGGAAGACCUUGCUGGACUGACCAAUGACAGCAAUGAAUGUGUUGUGACCAACUUCACCAUAGGCCGUAGAGGUUAUGGAUCAAUUUACUUCGAAGGAGAAGUCAAUCUGACUAACUUGGAUCUGGAUGACAUCGUGCAUAUCCGCAGGAACGAAGUGAUUGUCUACCCUGAUGAUGGGAGAAAGCCACCUGUUGGGGAAGGGUUAAACAGGCGAGCAGAAGUCACCUUAGAUGGAGUCUGGCCUACAGAUAAAACAUCUCGCUGUCUGAUCAAAAGCCCUGAGCAGCUGGAGAAGAUGAACUAUGCAGGCAGACUGGAGGCUUUGUGUCGGCAGCAGGGCGCUCAGUUUGUGGAAUACCGCCCAGAGACUGGAUCCUGGGUGUUUAAGGUGGCAAACUUUUCCAAGUAUGGCUUGCAGGAGUCGGAUGAAGAAGAGCAUCCUUUGUAA